AUGAAGGGCCUCCUCACACUGGCUUGGUUCCUGGCUUAUAGUGUGCCUGCUGUGCCAGGGAGCUUGCUAGAGCUGAAGUCAAUGAUUGAGGAGGUGACUGGAAAGGAUGCCCUGAAGAACUAUGGCUUUUAUGGCUGUUACUGUGGCUGGGGUGGCCAGGGAACCCCCAAGGAUGGCACCGAUUGGUGCUGCUGGAUGCAUGACCACUGUUACGAGCACCUGGAGGAGAAAGGCUGUGACAUCCGGACACAGUCAUACAAAUACAGAUUUUCAAAGGGAAUGGUCACUUGCGAGUUUGGGCACUUCUGCCAGAUGCAGCUCUGUGCCUGUGACCGGAAGCUUGUCUACUGCCUGAAGAGAAACCUGUGGAGCUAUAAUCGUCAUUACCGAUACUUUCCCAACAUCUUCUGCUUCUGACCUCAUCCUUCCUGGAUGGUCCACUGGGCUUGGAGGAGCACCAGGGCCACACUUCACCCUCUGGAAAGUCCCAAGAGUGUGACUCUGGUCAUAGGAAUGGGAAGGUCCCAGGGGCACAGGGCUGUCACUUCUGAGGUUCCCUUCCUCUGUGUUGGCAGCUGUCCCCUAACCCUGGGCCAGCCAUGUCUCUCCUCUCUGAAGACAGCAUCCCAUCUCAGUUGGAAGACUUUCCUGGGAUACACUUACUUUCCAUUUCUGCAAUCA